CUAACUGCAGAGCAGCUUUCUAUUGAUCUAAAUUCAUUUAGGCAACAAGGAUGGUUUAACAGUGAUGCUGGUGAUAUUGCAGUAAAAGUAUGCAGCAACAUUUUGCAGAUACCCAUCGUUGUCAUAACCUCGUAUCCACAAGCCCCAUAUCAAUCCUUCAUACCACCUAAGAUGUCUUCUACUCAUCCCCUUUAUGUGGCAUUCAAUCAUUCACUUCCUGGGCAUUAUGAUGCCACAACAGGUAAGAACAAGGGAAAUUCAUUAAGCAAGUUAUUUUGGUACACUCUUUUACAGGUGACAAAAGGAGCCCACAAUCCUAAUCUCCAGGUUGUUCUUACCCAUGCAUUGCAUGGAUUCAUUAAUGGACUUCCACUAUGACUGAGUAAAUCUGUUGUGGUUCAGUUUUAUCUUUGGUUAAAAUUUUCUUUUGCAAUUGUUUUAACUCACUAUAAUCACAUGUUAUCAUUACCCCAAAACAAAGGAAAAUAAAGUUUAAACCAAGGAAAGAUUUGAACCACAACAUGUAUAUGUAACAAAACAUUUUAUGAGAAUAAUUUCCUUGAGGCUGAAAUUUGUAAAAUGAUAGGGACCAGUCACUAUUUAUCACCUGGGGGAGGGGGGGUCUAAGGAUUUUGGGGAUCACUUGAUUUUUAGGAUAACAAAAGGGGGAUCAGUUGUAACUGAGAGCCCAAAAGGGGCAAUUAUUUGAAUCGUUGGAAGGACUCAGAGGGGCACUACACCAAUUUGCUUGGACAACAAAGACAUGGGGGGGGAUCACAAAAGUUAUCAAUAGCUAUUCAAAGGGGAUCAGCUAAAUUUCACUGUGUUUAGCCCCAAAUCCUUUUGAUUUCCAAGGUGAUAAAUACUGACUGGUGCCUUAAGAACAUGAUAUGGGAAAAGCCAAGGCUGAGAUUUUGAAUCCGUGGAAAUUCUGUAAAUACAAUCAUAUGUUUUCAACUUAGGGAACGCGUCCAAAUAUCGGUAGGGAACCCGAUCAUGGGAAACGGACCCGAUUAAUUUUCCGAUUGAUCGGAAUCGGUACCGAUCUAUAGGCACCAGUUGCCGUUUCCGAUUACGAUAAAAACUUUGCCGAUUCAAUCGGAGCCGGUUGACAUUCCGAUGUUCAUAUGUGUCAUCGUCAUAUUAUUUUAUCUGAUAUGUAAAAUGAAGCGUGUCACGAAACCAAAUAAUGAAAGAGUCGUUUCACUUCAAAGUAAUUUCAAUCGACUGUACCUUUUUCCUACUCCAUAACAAAUAGCAAAAUUGUAUGUUUCUGCAUGUUGUGUUUCGAGUUUGUUGAUUUGAUACGUGCCUAUACACGUGAUUUUCGGCGUUUUGCAGAGGUAUUUCCUUCAGUCGAUCGCAAACACCACGCUGUUCCAUAACAUUUAUUCUAUGAAAAUUAAAAGGAGUUAAAUAUUACGACGCAAAACACCACUGUUCUUCGUUGAUAUAUAGCAAACAAAACACCAUACUGAGUAGUGUGUUCUUUACUCGAUACUAAUUUCUAACAAUGCAAUCCAAAAACACGACCGGAACUCACUUUCUCGAAACACAGCUGGAUUCAUAGACUUGUUACAAGUAGACCUCAACGGGUUUCCUAGCGAGCGGAGCGAGAGCAAAACCAUGGAUAAUGUAAAACUACGGGAUAAACUUUUACGAAAAUUUGCGUCUUUCAUUCAACGAUCCUAAACGCAAGGUGUAAUGCGAUCUGAGGCAAAAAAUACCGACCAAUUACAUUGCGGCCUCAGAUUGUCUCCAGGGAAUUGGCAACAGGAGCUGAGAGAUUCCCACACUCGCGAGUCACGGAAGACACGGAACGAAGUUUCAUACAGGAGCUACCAAAGAGAGAAUGGCUUAGCGACUUUGCUGUAUGUUCUGUGAGCUUGAGCAUGGUGCCACGUGAAAUUGCUUUCCACUCUCAGCACUUCGAAAAAUUUGCGCUUGACUCUAGGUGGCUGACUGUUUGACAAAAAUCAGAACCUAUUUUACCGGAGUGUUCAACUAAAGUAAACUGGCAUACAUCCGGUAAGUUCGACUCAAUUUAAUAGCGGAAAGACAAUCGAGAAAGAGAAAACCAGUUGAACGCCUCCAUCGGUCACUUUUUUGAGUUCAUAUGCAACCAGUAAACAACUUGCAGCUUGAUUCUCAGACGAUGUCCUCUUCUCUCCUGUGGCAAUUUAGCAGUUAAAGUACACAACAUGGUAACAACAUUUGCAUUUUGGUCGUGGAUGUUCUGACUUUUAUUUUUUUCGUUUACAGUCCUAAACUGUUUAUUCCUCCAAAGAUUCCUAUAAUCAUGCGUUUUGGCUUCCGGUUAGCAAAGGCUCAAGCUAUUUUAAAAUUAUCAUUUUUUAAAAUUAUCACAUCGUACACUUGCAAUGUACAUUGCGCCGUCUUUCACUCAAAAGAUGCCUGUUGUUUCUUCUCGCGCCCAUUUUGAUACACAAAUUUAAUAUUUUCUGUUCAUACUCUGUCAUAGGAAAUAAAAACAAAUGUUCGAAACCGUGACGUUAAAUUUCGGUUCAAACAAGACACAUUUAUAAGAAAGAUAAGGUUAUAAAAAACAACAUUCACGCUUUUGCUUUUGUGACGGGUUAUUUGAGCUGCCAGAUAUUUUUGAUGACCUUUGUCAAUUGGCCCGAUAAAGACUUGAGACCCGUUGCCGAUUCCGUUUCAUUCGGUGCCGAUAAAAUCGGGUCCGACCUUCAACGGAAUCGGAAAAAAUCGGUGCCCAAUUGAUCGGCAUCGGUAUGACCCGAUGCCGAUAUUUGGACGCGUUCCCUUACAUAGCCUUAUAAAAUUAUCCCUUUCUCUGAGUGGGUUAUUUUCCAAUACUACAAGACAAAGGAAAAGUCUAUAAUCUAAGAAUACUAUACAAGAAUAUUUUCACCCUUACAUAAAUGAUAUUUACGCGCUUUUGAUCAUAUUUGCAUGGAAAAGGCGCGUUAUCAAUUUUUAAUUAUUAUUAAUUAUUAUUAUAUUGUCUGAAAAAUGAGAAUAUACCCACUUCCACAUUUUCAAUAUUAUUUGCCCCCCAAAUUUUUCAUAUUAAGCACUGACUGUUUUAAAUUUCUGUUGGGACGGCUGCAAUACCCAGAAGAAAUAAAGAACAAGGGUUAUGCAAUUUUUUUUGGGGGUGGAGGGGCUAAGUAAGGUGCAUUUAAGACAUUAUUGGGAAAAAAGAGUGUCUAUGUUGUAGUUCAUUUUGUAUAUAAGGUAACUUUUAUUUUUCUUUUUUUUUUUUUUGGGACAGGUGCGGUAACGUAUGCUAAUGAAGUUGAGACAAAUGAAAAAAUGUAGUGUUAGCACCUAAUUUGGGAGCCAAGAUGGCAGCAAAAAUAGUUUGAUGCCAGUAAUAAUAAUACUGUUAUUAUGUAUAGUUUGCUGCGCAUGAGUACUUUGUAUAGCUAGUUUCUGCUUGGCAAAGAAAGUUUUCAGUUUGUAUUAUCAAUUUUUUUCACUCCAACAGAUAUUGUCCCAUCUGUUGUAAGUGGUGAGAAGAAAAAGUAUUGUCAAUGUGGUAAAAAAAAAAUGAAGAAUCAAGCAAAUUUCCAAUCCUGCACAGCUGCUAAUUCAUCCCAACAAUGUUCCUGCCUCUCUUCUGGUAGUAUGUGCUCGAGAUUGUGCCAGUGUUACAACUGUUGUAACCCUCUUAAUUCAAACGCCAAGGUGACUCCAUUGUCAUUACAUGAACGCUGUCGAUGUGGAAGAGGAAGGAAAAAAGGUGAAAGCAACAGACCCUCUUGUUGUGAUUGUCCUGGAGAAAGGAAAUCAAAAUGUCCCUGCUUAAAAUCAGGGAUAAGUUGCAGCAGAGAUUGCCAGUGCUUAGACUGUAGCAACCCACAUAAUGAAACAAGCAAGAGGAAUGUUGUUUCAGCUGGCCCAACCAAUAUUCCCAAAAAGAGGAAAAGAUCUAAUCCUGACCCAUACAACAGGAAAGGUGGCACAAAAUACCUGAUUUCCCAGGGAUUUGAUGUCACAGCA